AUGGGAUCGGUCUGGGUCAGGGAGUUGGCCGUUUCCAGCCUCACCCUCUCCUCCCACAGAUCCUUCUUUCAGCCGCUGAGAGGCCGGCCCUCCGUGAAUCCGAAAGAGGGAAUCAAGGAUCCAGAUUCGCGUCCGCCCACAGGGAACUCUCCGCUGAGGGUGAGGAAUGUGCACGCGAACGCUGACUGGGAGGAGAGUCCUGUGAAACGGGCAGCGAGAGAGACUCGCAGGAUCCUGGAUAGCAGUGACGACGACGAGGGCGAGAGAGAGGGCGAAGAGACGGGCUCGGAGGAGGAGGAACUGAGGAGGAAUGACCCACUCCUCAAAGUGCCAGCAGAGGAAUCUGCCGAGCGAUCCGAGUCUGGCCCGGUUUCUCCAGAAUCAGGAGGGCAAUCGUCUCCAUCGUAUACACGGACCGGCAUCGUCUCCGACAUUCCAAAACGCCGAACAGCCCGCAAACAGCUCCCGAAACGUAAACUUCAGGCAGAGAUCUGCGCGGACACGGGGCCCGAGACGCCGCUGCGGGAUGGAGUGGAUCGCGACCCGGAGAGAUCAGCCAAACGCCCAAAGGUGGAAGCAAUUUCCAUUCCCAAAGAAAACGGGCAGUGUUCGGAUGAGGACGGAGCAGGGGAAAACAAUCAGGGCUCUCCAGCCCGGCUGCCGAGUGACGGAGGGACCGAGGAGGAGGCAGAGAGCGGAGGCGCAGAGGAGCAUGGAGGCAGCACACUAUCCAGAGACGGGGCUCACCCCGAGGAAUCCGACGGGGAACACGACUCGGAGACGGAGCUCUCGGGAGAGAAAGGGAAGCCCUCCGAGAGUGAGAGACCCUGCAGGCCGCCAGAAAAAAACAAAAACAUGCUCAGCAGUUUCUUUGCUCCCAGGAAGUCCUCUUCCUCAGCGGCCCAGGAGAGUGAGAGAAGCCCCCGGAAACAGCCAGAGGUCGGGGUAGACCAGGACACCCCCUCACCAACGGCGGGGCACGGGGAUAGCACUCCGGAUUCAACCAGCAAGCCCACGAUAAGCAGGUUCUUCAGCCCUGGAAAAGCUGGCCCAGCAUCGGUGCCCGCCAACGUCUAUGAUCCUUCCAAACCGAAAUACCACCCAGUCAGGGACGCCUGCUGGAGUCAGGGUCAGAGGGUUCCGUAUCUGGCAUUGGCUCAAACCUUUGAGAAGAUUGAGAGUGAGACGGCCAGGAUGAAGAUUAUCGAGACUCUGGGUAAUCUGUACCGUUCGGUGAUUGCUCUGAGUCCUGGCGAUCUGCUGCCCUGUAUCUACCUCUGCCUGAACCAGCUGGCGCCUGCCUACCAGGGCCUGGAACUCGGCGUUGGAGACACCGUCCUCAUGAAAGCUGUGGCACAGGCAACAGGCCGACAGCUCAGUAAGGUAAAGGCCGAAGCCCAGGAGAAGGGGGACCUGGGGCUGGUGGCAGAGUCGAGCCGCAGCACUCAAAGAACCAUGUUCCCCCCUGCCCCACUCACCGUGCACACCGUCUUCAGCCGCUUCAAGGACAUCGCUCUCAUGGUCGGCUCAGCGUCGAUGAACAAGAAGAUUGAGGUGAUCAAAGGGAUGUUUGUUGCCUGUCGUCACUCGGAGUCUCGAUAUCUGAUCCGGUCUCUUGGUGGGAAGUUGCGAAUUGGACUCGCAGAGCAGUCUGUGCUUGCUGCUAUUGCCCAGGCUGUCAGCCUGACUCCUCCUCAGUCUGAUAACCCGGAUCUCCUGGAUGCUGGGAAGGGGAUGACAGCAGAGAAUCGCAAAUCCUGGAUUGAGGAGAAGACCCUCCUGCUUAAGCAAGCGUACUGUGAGUUACCCAACUACGAUCUGAUCGUCCCCGUCCUGCUGAAGGAAGGGAUUGACGAGCUCCCACAGCACUGCCGCCUCACGCCAGGGAUCCCUCUGAAACCAAUGCUGGCACACCCAACGAAAGGUAUCGGGGAGGUGAUGAAGAGGUUCGAUGAAGCUGCCUUCACCUGCGAGUACAAAUACGACGGGGAGAGAGCGCAGAUCCACAUCCUGGAAACGGGAGACAUUCACAUCUACAGCCGUAAUCAGGAAAACAAUACUUCCAAGUACCCUGACAUCAUCGAGAGGCUGGCCAAGUUAAAGAAAGAUUACCUCGAUGGUGUUGGUGAUACCCUGGACCUGGUGGUUAUUGGAGCGUACCAUGGCAGGGGUAAGCGGACUGGGCUGUACGGGGGUUUCCUCCUGGCCUGUUACGAAGAGGACACUGAGGAGUUUCAGACCAUCUGUAAGAUUGGGACUGGGUUCAAAGAUGAGGAGCUGGACCAACACGCAAAAUUCUUCAAGGACCACGUCAUCGAGGGCCCUCGCCCCUACUAUCGCUGGGACCACUUGGCUGAGCCUGACCACUGGUUCGAUGCGGGUCAGGUCUGGGAGGUCAAGUGUGCUGAUCUCUCGAUCUCCCCAGUUUACAAGGCAGCAUUGGGACUGGUGGACGAAGAGAAGGGAAUCUCACUGCGUUUCCCUCGGUUCCUCCGUAUUCGAGACGACAAGAAACCGGAGGAUGCCACGACCAGCCGACAGGUGGCCGACCUCUACAGGAAACAGCAGCAGGUCCAGAACCAUCUGGGAGCCACGGACGGAGAGGCCGAGGAUUUGGACUGAGUGUGGCCUGGUUGGCUGAGCCGUGUCCCCUCCAGCCACCGAGGCGGUGGGGGAGGGAGGGGUGGGUGGCAGCGAGCGGCUAGGAAUAAUCCCGACAUUCCCGGGAAAGGUGUCGAACGGACAAGUUCCUGCGAGGUCUCCUCGAUCCACUGUGAAUACACAGCAACUUUUGUAAAUAA